GAACCUAAGCAACCAUGUCGUCGCUGGAACAUUGUGAUAGCAACGCACCGGUCGAUCCCAGAGUGCGGAUCGAACUGGAAAAAUUAAACGAGGCCACAGACAGCAUUAAUAAGUAUGAAGUCGAACUGGAUGAAGCCAAAAACGAGUUCCGCGAGCUGCUCAAGGAGAGCGUCGAGAAGAUCAAAGCCGUCGCCAAGAAGCUCGGCAACUCGAUCGAGACGGCCAAACCGUACUACGAAGCCCGUCUGUACGCCUCGCAGCUGGCCAAGGAAACGCAACAAUCCGCGCUGAACUACGACAAGGCCAAAUCGGUGCACGCUGCAGCGAAAGAGAUGGUGUUCCUAGCGGAACAGGGACUGGGCGAAAAAUCCACCCUGGAUACCGCCUGUCAGGAGAUGCUCACACACGCAACGACGCGCGUCAACGAGUCGCAGAACGACUGCACCGAGAUGCGGAACGUGCUGCGGAUUAGCGAGCUGAAGCUAGAGGUAGCGAACAACCGGGUUGCCAAGCUGCACUCGCAGUUGAAGGGAGCGAUUCGGGCGUCCAGCAUGGAUAUCCGCAGGAACCUGCUAAUGCUGAAUUUGCUUGCUUAUCAGAAUGAGUUGUUGUUUUUACCUUAUUAUGAAUUACGAGCGAACUAUAAUGCGCUACUGCUUGAUCAGAAACAGAAAGUUGUAGAUCUGGAGGCAAAAGUAUCUGAAGCGAAGAUAAGCUAUAACGAAGCCUUGACACGAUUGGAGAAGAUUUCCGAGGAGAUUCAUCAGCAGCGAAAAGCUCGUGCCAGUAGCAUUGACGAGGAUGCCUCGUCGUCAUCUUCGUCGACGAAUCACCCGAGAACUCAGCAGCUAGGACUAGGCGGAAUACACUUGCCGUUCAGCAAAUCUCCCUCAGCUGCACGGAUUGAAUCUAGCGACGAAUAUCUGGAGUUCCCAGCCAAGCUGGGAUUGAAGUCCAGUCCGAUUAAGCCCAAGUAUCUGGACAAGUUAGAUUGUCCGCACCUGCUGAAAGACUUUGCCCGGAAGCCCAGCCCGGGCGGGGAGAGUGAUUCGGAUAACAACUACUUAUUUUCGCCGAACCGAACUAUCGACGACAUCACCAACAUGUCCUCGGAGGACAUCGAACAGUGGACGGAAAUUCGAUUGUCCAACUCGAACAGCAGCAGUUCAGGGUACUCGCAGCACAACUCGUUGGCGCUGGAAGACGAAAACAACGGACUGGCAGCAGAUAUGAUUUCCGAUACGACCGAUACAGAUUCCGACGAUAGCCAUUCGGGACCCAGGGUCAAGGCACGUAUCAUCAAGAUGGAGAUCUACGACGACAGCGCCAAUCAGAACACGCGUAAAAGUGAAGGCAUCACCGGUUGGAUUGCGAGUCGCUCAAUCGGUCGGUCGGCGUCCAUCUCGAUAGCGGGCUGUGCUCCAACUCCUGGCAACACUGCUACCCCUACUACCCCCACCGGCACCAGCAAGGACAGCGGAUGUCAAUACGGUGAACUCCGGCAAUCGCGGCUCCCGUCGAGUGAUUCCAGUUCUCCCACCGUUACAACCGCAAAGCGACUGGCAGCGGCACUGCGUCGGUUCAAGCUUCAGCACCACCAAACAACCCUCAGUUAA